AGGAGGCGCGCGGACCGUAUGCGCACUUCAGUCCGCGGACAGAGGAGGUGGGAGGUUCCGUGGGCAACGCAGUCCCGCUGACCCUACAGGACCCAGACGUGGGCUCGGCCCCAACUCAACCGCGCCCGGCGAGGCGAUGGCCAAGGUGUCGGUGCUGAACGUGGCGGUGCUGGAGAAUCCGAGCCCUUUCCACAGCCCCUUCCGGUUCGAGAUCAGCUUCGAGUGCAAUGAAGCUCUGGCGGACGACUUGGAAUGGAAGAUCAUUUAUGUCGGCUCAGCUGAGAGUGAGGAGUUUGAUCAAAUCCUAGACUCGGUGCUGGUCGGCCCUGUCCCAGCAGGGAGACACAUGUUCAUCUUUCAGGCCGAUGCCCCCAACCCAUCCCUCAUCCCUGAGAGUGAUGCCAUUGGUGUGACUGUGGUCCUCAUCACCUGCACCUACCAUGGACAGGAGUUCAUCCGUGUGGGCUACUAUGUCAACAAUGAGUACCCUGACCCAGAGUUGCGGGAGAACCCACCCCCAAAGCCAGACUUCUCUCAGCUCCAACGGAACAUCUUGGCCUCGAAUCCCCGGGUGACCCGUUUCCACAUCAACUGGGACAACAACACGGAUAGGCUGGAGGCCAUAGAGAACCAGGAUCCUGCCCUAAGCUGCAGCCUCCCCAUCAACUGUACCCCUGUCAAGGGUUUGGGGCUCCCUGGUUGCAUCCCUGGCCUCCUCCCCGAGAACUCCAUGGACUGCAUCUAGCUGGGGGACUCUAGGCCCUACCUGGGCCCAGCUAAGACUACAGCCAGUCUCCUGACACAUCUGGGGGUGGGGCAUUCGGGCCUCCUGGAGAGUCCUGUGGGGGCCAUCUGGAAGACUUUGGGGCCAUCAACUACAUUCAGGCCUGUCAAACUUGUCCCUAAGGGAGGAACAGGCCUCAGGUCUCUCCCAGCCUCAGCCCAGAAGGAUUAUCUCACCUUUACUGCCCAGGCCUUUAAAAAGCAGGUACUUCAGUUCUUAAUUCUAACUUACGUCCUUUCUCUCUUCCACACAUAGGUCAUUGUGUCACCAUGCUCCCAUAUAAGUACCAUUGACCCACAGCUCUUCCCACAGACCUCCUUGGCCUACCUUGAGGCUUUCUUGGUCAAUGGUUCAGGCCCUCUUGGGCCAAAGGCUCUGUCAUUCCUUUCCCUUCCCAAACAUCUGAAUAGAUCAACCCAGUUUUCUGGAGUCACAAGGAAUUUGGGUUAGAAGGUAGACUUGGACAAAAUUUCUGUCCUUUUCUCAGAACAAUUUUUAGGUCUUUUCAAUCUAGCAGCCCCUGGAAAACUCUGUUCCCAAAAGUGUGAUAAGCAGGAUGCUGAGGAAUGAUGGUUGACUCUCCUCUCAAUCACAACCACCUUCUUAUUACCUCCUAACUGGACCUGGAUUUCCCUGGAGGCUGCCACUGUGGGGAGAUGGCAUGUUGGAGCGGCCUGCUGGGCUCUUGUCUGUUGGUAUCAGGGCCCCUCUGCCUCUGGCUGAUCUGCCCUCUGCUAAGACCUCAUGCUCUCACAGGCUACAGAGUGAUUGUAGGCAUGAACAGUAGGGGCCCUGAAAACCUCCCUCCCCCACCAUACUCUGCCACAUUCCCCAUCCCUUUGCUGCUAUGUGGAUGCUGUUGGUGAUUAGUUUGUAUA